UUUUACAACAAAAACAACUAAAUCAGCUGCCUUGACACUUUCGCCGAUUUUGCCGGAUCACACAUUUUCUCCAUUUUUCCAGUUUUAAAAAAGUUUUGGAGCUUGAUUUAGCUUGCAGGCCAUUUUACAGAAAUGUGACUAAAAGUUUGAACAAAGGAAAAACCAUGGCUCAAUCAAAUUCUGGCGGUGGCACCUCCUCUCGACGGCACCGGGACACACACCAUGACUCAAAUACUCUUGGAUCUAGUAGAUUUGAUACAGAGUGGGAUGCUCGAGAAGCAAACAGACAAAGAGAACUUGAGGAAGCGCGAGCCAGAGCUGCUCAAAUGGAGAAAACUAUGAGAUGGUGGUCGGAUUGUACAGCAAACUGGAGAGAAAAAUGGAGCAAGGUGCGGAAUGAGCGAAAUAAGUCGCGGGAAGAAGCUAAAGUACUUCGGUCUAAAUUAGAAGUUGCCCUUAAAGACACCAACUCGUACAAACGAGACAAACUGGAGCUGGAAUCAAUCAACAUGAAACUGCGUGAUGAGCUGGACAGAAUGCAGCAACUGAUCCUAAGAGACUGGGAAGGGGGUGGGGAGAAAAAGAGCGAGAUCGUCAGUGCGGAUGUGUACAAUCUUCUUCGGACUAACCAGGAAGACAGUGAGCUGGACAGUGUGAUGGAGAAGGAGUUUGCCGUCGAAGAGUAUGUGUUGCAAGGCGCCGUGCCUAAGCAUGCUAUUGAGAGGUUCAACUGCGGCAAGGAAAGUGCAAUAGAUGGUGACGAGAUCGAAGAGAACGACAGUAUUAGCAAGGUUGGCGAGGCUCUAGACAGCGGAGACAAUGAGGAUGAGCUUAGCGGUGACCUUGAGUAUCUGCAUCAGAAGAUGGCCAUGCUUCAAUUACGAUUAGACGAAUCUCAAAAAAUGCUACAGGCUGAAAGAGAAGAAAAGAACCAGCUAAAAUCGUCUCUUGAUAAGGCACAGCUUGAACUGGCAGAUGCUAAAGGAGCAGCCGAAGAUCUACAAUUGCAACGCCACGAAGCAGCUAAAGAAUUGAUCAAUCUACAAGCCAAUCAACAGCAAGCAGCGCACAUGGCUCAGAUCGACCGGCGAGAUGAAGCAGCGCAGCGAGAUUCGCUGGAUAGAAGGCUCGCUGGUCUUCGAGCUGAGGUUGGAGCUAUUGCUUCCAAUUUAUCUCCUGGUCUUGGUUCUAAAUUUGAGCUUGAACGUCUUCAGGCCGAAAAUGCAUCUGAGUGGGGAAAACGAGAGCGUUUGGAAACCGAAAAAUUGAGCUUAGAAAGAGAAAACAAAAAGUUAAGGGCCGAAAUCAGAGAUCUGCAAGAAAGGCUAGAACGCAGAGGGCGGCCAAUGCCUUCUGCAGAUGCAGAGCUGCGACAAGUCCAGCAAGAACUGUCGGAUCGUGGAAAGGAGCUUACAGAUUUGAAGCAUUCGCACACAAAAUUAAAAAAAGUCUUGCAAGAUAAAUCAACAGAGCUUUCUCAUGCCAUUCGGAGAGCUGAGCAAUACGAAGCAGAAGUAAAAAGGUUAAGAACCAGGGUAGAAGAGUUGAAAAAAGAGUUGGCCACUGCCGAAGAUGAAGCAGACACAGCAUCUAAUAACAUAAGAAAGCUGCAGAGAUCCAACGAAGAACUUCAGGAGCAAAUUGAAAGUAUGCAAGUCCAAGUUAGGCAUUUAGAAAUCAGUGACGAUAGACCACAAUUAGACGAGCCUUCAGCUCCACCUCCCUCUAACACACCUUCGCCCACCCCUUGACGUGUGCCGAACCUCAACGUCUGGAAUUUUGAGUCAACGUACUAAAGACUUGAUGCAAGAGGAGCCCAGCGAUGAUGACCUCAAUGAAUUCUAACUCGUCCUAGUAGCAAUAGAUUACAUUUUAAGGUAACGUGUCAUUCAUUUAUUUCUUAACUGUAAUGUCAAAAAAUUAUUCAAAUGCCCAUUGGUAUGUCCAGGGGUUCAUUUUACUAUCGCUCUUAUUUGAAAUGAGAUUGUGAAAACAUGCAAAUGCAUUUAUUUAUUUUAAUUAAUUGUGCAUUUAAAUGUGUUUCAUCACAUUCCUUGUAAUAUUUACUAUCUUUUCAUUCCUUGAGCUUUAUUGAUGACUAAACCACUUAAAUAAAACCAGUCAGUAUUAUAUUAAGAAA